CAAAUGACGUCGAAUAUGAUUGGACCUUUACACGCGAUUUCCUUUCCGGGAAGGUUGAGGGUAGCAGAAUGGCAGAACGUGGAGACAGGGAGGCUUUCGUUACCUUGGCAACCAAUGACACAUAUGCUUUGGGAUGUCUUGUCCUGGGGAAUUCCCUCCGACAGAGAGCGCAAACAACUCGAAAGUUGGUUGUUAUGAUAACACCAGGCGUCACCCAACCUAUGAGAAACCAGUUGGCGCGGGUUUUUGACAUGAUCUACGAUGUCAACCUUUUGGACAGUCGAGACGCAGCUAACCUCCAACUCCUCGGUAGACCCGACCUCAGCGUGACCUUCACAAAGCUCCACUGCUGGCGACUGACCAUGUUUGAUAAAGCAGUUUUCUUAGAUGCAGACACACUGGUCCUGCAAAAUGUGGAUGAGUUGUUUGACAGAGAGGAGCUAUCGGCCGCUCCUGAUGCAGGGUGGCCAGACUGUUUCAACUCCGGGGUCUUUGUGUUCCGCCCCUCUGAAGAGACGUACGAUUCACUCCUCAAGUUCGCCAUGUCCCAAGGAAGCUUUGAUGGUGGAGAUCAAGGUUUGCUCAACAUGUACUUCAGAGAUUGGGCGACAAAAGAUAUAGCCAGACAUCUUCCAUUUAUCUACAAUGUGGUUUCUCAGGCAUUCUACAGCUACCUUCCAGCUUUCACACAGUUCAAAGACUCCGUCAAAAUAGUUCACUUUAUUGGCGCCACCAAGCCUUGGCACCACCCCUACAACACUGCCACCAAGGAGGUCACCCCACUUCCGGAGACCGGCCACAACAAAGACUAUCUACAAAUCUGGUGGGACAUCUUCAUGUCCUUUGUUCAGCCAACCCUAGACCCAUCAUUGAAAGAACAAAUGGGUGGACUGAUCGGGGAGUUAGCGUCACUGUCCCUCCAGACAGGGGCCACCUUUGGGGGGUCGCAGUCACACCUUAGCGAGCAGGAGCGCAAGCUGAACUGGGAGCGUGGACAGGUGGACUACCUGGGGGCCGACAAGUUCGAGAACAUUAAGGAGAAGCUGGACAAGUCCAUGAAGGGUCCGGCUACCAGCACCAAGACCUACACAUCCAGUCUGUUCAGCACUAGCGUCCCGGUCUCUACCACCAGUUCGGCAAAGAAACCUGUCGCGCCAAAGAAGUGAGCUGAUUGGCCAGCGAAGGAUUGUCGAUUGUAGAGCGAAAGGAAUCAUGGUUAUCUGGUGUCAAGUAAAUAGGAUAUGCGAUGUAGUUUAAGUGUUAUUAUUAAUGCAUAAACGUCCAAAAGAAUAUUAUAUAUUGCAUUACUGUUGUACUUGAUAAAUUGUCAGCAAAAUUUUGAGAGUGAAUAUUUUUCAAAAAAUUGUUCUUGUUCAGAAUGAAAGUACAAGUAUAAUCAUAGUAAUAUUAUUCAGUUUGUAAUUUAUUAUGUAGCAGUUGAUGUAGAUCAAACGUUUUGAGUCAUGAACAGUGCUACCUCUAUUUUUGGAAGUUUUAGAGUCAUGCUUGUGCAUAUUUUUGAUGAUAUUGUAAACACACACACAUCAUACAGACAACAGUUUAAGUAUAAAAAGACAAUGACCGAUUUUUAUUGUAAAGAUUCUACCUGUACGGAAAAAAUUAUCUUAUUACAUUGUGUUAAUGGAUUAGGAUAAUAAUGAUUCCUUUGACAUCAGUGAUGGUUGGAUUUAGUGACCGAGUUGUUAUCAUGUGAUGCGGUCAUUGGUGCAUGAUUAAAUGACCAGUGGUGAAUAAAUGGUUAGAGAUCAUCUUAAGCUUUAAUUUUUCUUAAUUAACUUGUUAUUAUAUCUUUAUUAAUAAUAAUGUUAUGAUAUCGUAUUUUAUUACAGCAUUUGUUGUAUAUAUCAUCUGAGUGUAGGUGGCUUAAAGCAAAUAUUAACAUGCUCCAAGCUUUAUUGUUUUUCUUUGUUACGUCCCCAGUAACUGAGUGGUUUGUUAUGAAGCCAUACAUGUAGAAAACUAUGCUCUGUAACAAUACAUGGAAGCUAACUUUUAUUUUCUGUAAACAAAAAGCUCAGUUAUUUGCAUACCUCAGAUUGACUUUUUUUUUCAAAAAAUUUUGUUUACCGGUAAUUUAUUAUCCCGUAUAGUUAAUUCCAAUUUCAAGGUUUAAGUCAGUCAAUUUAUUUUGGGAAAUAUUAGGGUUUUUUUUUUUACCAACUUCCUCCAACAGGCAGACACAUAGUUUAUUCUUAUUGAGUAUUCAUUCUUUACAGUAUUUUGAAUAUGUAUUACGAUUUCGUUAUUAGGAUACAGCCAAUAACUGAAAGUAAGAAGUUUGUGGGUUUAUUUGGAAUUCUCUGCACUAGCUGGAACAUAUUCAGAAUAGAUCACAUUCCAUCCAGACUUUGUGAUAAUUUUGUGCAAUAGUCUCUAUAAAGGGAGAUAACCCUUGUUUGUUGUGGCUGUGCCACCGUGUAACAGGUUUGGAUGACGGUGGAAGAUUGGCUCUUUAUGGUAUAUAUUGCAUAGAAAACCCCCUCAAACAAAUAUAGCCCCAGCAAUGGUCAGUAGGAUGGCAGCUUUUUUUGGUUGAAGAUGGGAAUUUUUUUGCAUAAGUUGAUAUAAAAUUCUAUGUUUUUGUCUUGUUUAGAGUGAGUUAUUGUGUGUUGCAUUGAUUUGACUCUGGUGACAAAAAUUUGAUUUGUUGUAGAUGUAUGCUUUCCAUCGUAAACUUCAUAAUCACUGGGCUUUAUAUUUGAAAUGCUUGCUUCACAUAUCAAAAUAUGGUAUAUGCAUAUUAGAGAGGUGUUGUAAUCUUUUAUGUUUUGUUUGGUUUGAAGUGUGUUGGCUUGAAAAUAAAAUGAAGCAGUCAAAUUUCUUUUUUUAUGAAAGUAAAUUUAUAAAGUUUAUCCAUGUUAAAACACCUAAGAGCAUUGUGGGUUGUAAUAUUUCACUGGUUAUUUUAUAUAAACAGUGCAUUAAUAAUGAUGACUGGUGUGUUAUGCUUUUUGCCUAGGUUGAGGUUUAUUUUCUAUGCAAAGAAGACAUCUGUAUGUAAACAACUGCUAUGAAGUGUCUUCCCAUCAUAUCUGUGUUUAAUUAAUCAAACCAUUAUUUUACAACAUCAUUCUGCAAAUCUGGAGUAUUUGGUGCAAAACAUGAUAUUUUUUUUUUUAUUUUGGCUGACAUUUUCUUAAUGUAGAUUCAGCUCCUUAACCUCAUAAAUUUUUUAACAUGAAAAAUAUGUUUGAAUUAUUUUUUAUUCUGUCACGAUUAGCAGGUUAGAAAAUGCUGUAUUUAGUAAGAAUUUGCUUUAGUUGGCAGAUUGUGUUAAUAUCACACCCUGUAAUCUGUUUUCACCACUCUUAUUCAACAUGAAAUAAUUGCAUGUUAGCAUUAAUAAUUAUAACUUACCAAUUAACAAUGUGUUUAAUACUUUCAAUAAUUAGUGUAAUUGUAUAAUAGUGUACCAGUAUACCAGUAUAUGUUCAAAGUAGACUCAUAAAUGAAGAGUGUCUGGAAUGACAUUGAAGUCCAUAUUAAUGUGAAUCCAAGGCUGAAUCUGGAAUGGAGACAGUGUGUUUGUACCGGUACUUCAUUAUUAUAUAGUUUUCUUUGUCUGGGGUAGACUUGUAAUACAAUGUAAACUUAAAAAGGAAUACGGUGUGUAAUAUGUUAUUAAACUUACCACAGAGGGUUUGUAUGAACUUGCAAUCAAGAUUGCUUAAUGCUGCUGGAAUAUCUCCUGAAUAAGUGUUGUAUCAUUAUAUUGGAAUACCCUCCUGAAAUGAUAUCAAGAUAUAUGUUGAACAAGUGUGUGCAAAGCUUUAAAACAUGUCAUGUGGUCAUGUUAUAGAUUUCUAGCAAGAUUUUUUUUUUUUUGCAGUUGUUGCUUUUGAAAUUCUAGCUAUUACAGACUGCCUUAUUCACGUGGACUCUAGUCUAUGAAACUGGACUUGUGUAUUCAAAGUCUAUCCGUAGGGCAUUUUAAAACUGAGAAAAUUCACAAUGUAGGUUACAGUCAGGCAGGCAAGAGUUGCAGUUACUUCCAAGUGAAAGCUUUUGAUCCCAAGGUUCUCCAUUUUGUUUGUACCCUCAUAUAUCUAUGUUUAAUAUAAUAGACAUGUAGUAUAAGUAUAUGUUGUUUUAAUUGUUUUAUUGUAAACAAUAUAUCCUUCAGAAAUGGCCAUAACAGUACGGUGUUAACAAUACAUGUACAUUGUAUUUUGGUUAGAUUAGUUUUUUCGCUCGAUUGUUUUUUUCCUUUUUUUUCCCCCACAGCAAAAUAAAAAAUAAAAAAUUAUGUGCCAUUUCAAAGAUAUUGAAAAGAGAGGUAUUUAUCUGUAGUUUUGUAUAGCUAUUGGUGCUAAGGAUCCUAUCUCUGAUGUUAUUCACUUACUGUGUGACAGUGUAUCUGUAUGUAUUAUUUUAGCAGCAUAAUAUCCUAUAGUAAGCAAUACGCUUGAAAGUGUUUUCUUGGAAUUUUUAUCCAGUUUUACGGUGAUCACGUAGAUUACAAAAAGUUUCCAGUACACUAAACGGACACAAAAAAAUCCUGAAUCUUCUGCAAUCAUGCUACUGUUAGUUUUGUUGGCCAGAUUUGUUAAUUGUUCUGAAAUACCUUAUUAGUAAUAGGGGAAAAUGUUAUCUAAGGAAUGUUUUGUUGAACAAGUCUUGAUUAAAGAAUUCACUUGCUGAA